UGAAAUUAUGUAACAUUUUGUAUUUUAUUUUUAUAUACAAAAUUAAAAGUAUGAAGAAAUGCAUUCGCGAUGAAGAUGAAAGAUGCGUAAAUUCAUAACAUUCAAUUGUUUAGUGGAUUGCAAUGAUACGGAGCCGUUCCCAAGUGAUGCUAUUCAAAACCUGAGGCAGGCUGUGCUUGCUCCAAUCGUGUAUACGCCGAAAAUCCAACAAGCGUUACAAAGAAUCAAUUUUCAAUACCAUCGGACUUGCAGUUACUCGAACUUACUAAGGGAGUGUAAUGUUGGCGAGGGCGAGACCCUGUUGAUGUUCUGGGGCUACGGGCGCUCUGACAGCAAGGUCACCAUGAGCAUGUCUGCUUCCAGCUGCUCCUCGUUGCAUUUGCAGCCAAGCACGCCGAACUCCCAGCGUGAGAAGGAGCUGCGUUCCACUGCCCAACAAACAGAUAUAAGCUGUCGAUAUUCCCCUGGCAUCUCUUCACCAGCGAAUCCAAGUGAUACGGAAGACCAGCGGCAGAUGCGCGCGCGCAUCGCAGACUCGCUGACGUUUUCUUCGCCCGCGUCGUCUCUGCUGCAGCCUGCCGGACGCUCCAUGUCCAUACUGAGCUCUGUGUGCGCGCUGCUGCUAAACAAACAGGGCUCGCAAGCCGCGAAGGAAGUGUCCAGUUUUACGGGCAGUCUGCGCUCGGACAACAUCUGCCGCAUCUGCUUCGGCGGAGAGUCAGCGGAGCGCCUGGUGCGGCCCUGCUCCUGCCGCGGCACCAUCGCCGCCGUGCACCGCUCCUGCCUCGAGCGCUGGCUGCUGCAGGCCGCCACCUCCUACUGCGAGCUGUGCCGGCACCACUAUGUCGUCACCAGGAGUCAUAAACCGGGCGUCUAUUACUCGCGCUGGCACAGAUGGUCGUGGAUGCGCUCGCUGGCGGAGUGGGCGAUGUCGGGGCGCGGGCGCGCGCUGGCGGCCGACGUGUGGCGGGCGCUGGCGCUGGGCACGGCCAGCGUGCUCGGCACCGCGCGCGCGCUGCACGCCUGCGACGCCGUGCUGCAGGCCGGCGCACGCCGGGGCGGCGGGGCGGCGCUCGCUGCCAACCUCUUCUCCUCGCUCCUCAUUGGAGUUAUCGGCGCCCUGAACGGUCUGCUGACCACGUGGAUGCUCCUGAAGAUCCAGGAGCACCAGUUGUCGUGGCAGGCGUGGCGCGACUCGACGCUGCACGUGCACGUGACGCUGGCGGACGAGGAGAGCACCCUCACGCCGCACCCCUCCGACGCCACGGUGGUGGGCGACGAGGACGGCAACGCCACCGCCGACAGGAGCACCAACGUCGCAGACCCUUUCAUGGUCGCACUGCCCUACAACCUGCCAGACACGUGA